GACAGUUCAGCCCCCUCAUCUUCUCAUUGGCUCCAGCUGCAGUAACUUCUCCUUCAUUUCUUCUUGGCCUGGCGACAACAGUGUUUGUUCCAACGCGAGAAGCGGCUCUACAUGUUCUCAGAAGUCCGUGGCUCUUCUCCUUUACUAAAUCCCUGGUAGUCUGAUUAUUAUCUCAACCAAAAUAGUAAGGGUUUAAAAGAGGCCAAACCCGACAGGGACAGAGAGAGGCGGGGACAGAAACCAACACCAGGGUUGCUGGAAACUUGACUGGUCUCUUGGACCGAGCUGUCCGCUGAUGGCGAAGCCUUCACUGGACAACAACGAGGACAGCGCCUGGUUAGGUGAAGGCCCCUCUGAAACUCAGGUUACAACUGGUCCGGAUGGAGGUGAGAUUACCGAUGGAGACCGGCCAGCAUGGGACUCUAAGAUUCAGUAUGUGUUGGCCCAGGUGGGGUUCAGUGUGGGCUUAGGGAACGUGUGGAGGUUCCCAUACCUUUGCCACCAAAAUGGAGGAGGGGCCUUCAUGCUGCUUUAUGUUUUUCUUUUACUAAUUGUUGGAGUGCCACUGUUUUUUAUGGAGUUGGCUGCUGGUCAGAGCAUGCGACAGGGCAGCAUCGGUGUAUGGAAGCACAUUUCGCCAAAGCUGGCCGGGGUCGGCUACUCCAGCUGCAUAGUCUGUUUCUAUGUGGCUCUUUACUACAAUGUUAUCAUUGCGUGGAGCCUGUUCUACCUGGGUAAUUCUUUUCAGUAUCCUCUGCCAUGGGAGCAGUGUCCAGUUGAUGUCACCACCAAUGGCACAGUGAAAGAAUGUGAAAGUAGUUCCCCUACGUCAUAUUUCUGGUUUCGGAAAGCUCUUAAUAUCACAAAUUCCAUUGAAGAAUCUGGAGAGUUUAAUGCCAUCAUGACAGGCUGUUUAUUGGCUGCAUGGACAAUUGUUUCCUUGGCCAUGAUCAAGGGCAUCAAGUCUUCGGGAAAGGUGAUGUACUUUUCCUCAGUCUUUCCAUAUGUGGUGCUCUUUAUUUUCCUCAUCAGAGGGUUGAUAUUGGAUGGUGCGAUGGAAGGAAUCACCUACAUGUUUUAUCCUAGACUUGAAAUCUGGGGGAACAUGCAGGUGUGGCGGCAGGCUGCUACACAAGUGUUUUUUGCCCUUGGAUUGGGAUUUGGCUCUGUCAUCGCUUAUUCCUCCUACAAUCCAGUCCACAACAACUGCCACAGGGAUGCGCUGCUGGUCUCUGGCAUCAACUUCCUGACGUCUGUGCUGGCCUCGCUCGUGGUUUUUGUAGUGCUGGGUUUUCGUGCCAAAAACAUUGCACUACGCUGUGUGGCUGAAAAUCUCGGCCUGUUAAACAUCAUGGCAUCCCAUGGAUCAAACCAGCAUUGGUGGCCUUGGUUCAACAUGACAGAUCCAAGCUCUGUGUCUAUAGCAGAAUACCGAGAGUGGUACAGUCACUACAGCUCCAUGGUGGGUCCUAACAUCACUGACUGCAGUCUGGAGGAGGAGAUGAAUAAGGGCGUUGAAGGGACAGGCCUGGCAUUCAUAGCAUUCACUGAGGUGAUGGCCCUCUUCCCAGCCAGCCCCUUCUGGUCCACGCUGUUUUUCCUAAUGCUGCUCAACCUGGGCCUCAGCUCCAUGUUUGGGACUAUGCAGGGAAUCCUCACACCUCUCAUGGACAACUUUAGCCUCUUGGGGCGCCACCAUACUCUACUCACUGUGUCAAGCUGUGCCUUGGGGUUCUUGAUAGGACUGCUGUUCACCCAGCGUUCAGGCAACUAUUUUGUGACCAUGUUUGAUGACUAUUCUGCCACACUACCUUUAGUCAUCGUGGUCAUUUUUGAGACAAUUAGUGUGGCGUGGGUUUAUGGAAGUGAUCGCUUCCUGGAUGAUGUUGAAAUCAUGCUCAAAUGGCGUCCUCCAGUGGUGUACAAAUAUCUUUGGAAAUAUGUUUGCUUAUUGGCAAUGAGUGGUCUUCUCGCUGGCAGUUUGCUGCGCAUGGUAUUCAGAGGGCCCACAUACACUGCCUGGAAUCAAAGCACAGCUUCUGAGGUGACUCUUGAGUACCCCAGGUGGGCCCUGGCUAUGAUUAUCAUGCUCAUAGUCUUUGCCAGCUUGCCUGUGCCUAUUGGCUACAUCCAUUCCGUGCUGAAAAACCGUAGGGUCCGUAACACUUGCUCUGAGGAGCAAGGCGGCCAGGAGAUGUACUGUGAGUUUUACACCAAAAGCAGCCCCACUGAGCAGCUGGAUUCCAAAUCCGAUCACAGAGUCCUCUCUGAGGAAACCGAGGCUCAUUCCAGGGUUGCCUUCCUGCCGAUGGGCAGCGAACACUACCGACUAUUGUCCCAGCAGGAGGAGGAAGAUGAUGAGCAGGAUACAGGAUUAUGAGAGUAGUUGUUUGUGAAAGGACAAUAUGUUGAACAACAGGGAGUGUAUGAGAGAAGGAAAAGAGAAAGGAGGGCAACCAUGAACAGAGUUAUUCUUUGUCAGAGAAAGAAUCUUUGGGUUAUACCCCAUCAUCAUAUUCAGCCAAAGUUUUUUUUUUUUUAACUAUGUAAAUUAUUGAAUGUACAUAACCAGUCAAAUCAAAAGCUUUUUAGAUUAUGUACUUAUGAAGCGUCUCCUUUUACUGCCCUGCUCAUUUUCUGAAUCAUACCCGCUGUUCAGAAAAUAAAAAUACUAACAGAUAUAUGACAAGAGAAGCACUGCUACUAGGUUUUAGAUAAGGGAGUUUUCUAUCCACCAGCUUGUCAAAACAGGUUUGUCUCUUGUUUGUGCCAGACUGAUUUUAUGUGGGGUUUAAAACUGAGUUGGGUGGUAAAUUACUGCAAGUGGCUGGUGAAUAGGGAAAUGCAGAAACUGACAGAAAUAUGACUUCAGUAUUUUUAGCUAAAUGGCAUUAAUACAUUUUACUUUGAGAUUUUACCUUGUGAUGUGUGUUUGUGUGUGUGUGCGUGCGCGUGCACGUCAGUGUACCUGGUAUUACUCACACUGUGGUGACUGAAACCUGUCUAUCAUCUGUCCCUCAAGAGCUUUGUUUCAUUUUAAAGUGACCCUUUUCAGUGACGCCGGGUAUGUUGGACAUAUUCCCCGCACACACCAGGCCUAUUUCUGUAACAAUUAGUUGACUUCAAAGGGAAGUUUGAUCAUUUUUCGAGGCCACUUGAGGUUUCAAACCAGUUUCUGUGGCACAACGUACACUGAGCCAAAUGUUAAACGUUAAAUUCACAUUCUUUACAGUCUGGCACUUUGGUAGGAUGGGGUGGGAUGAAGCCUUUGCUUUGUCUGUGAAGUUAGUUUUGUGCUGCAGGAUACAUUUCAUAUAAUUACUACACAUCUUCACAGGAAGGUUUUUGAUUUGGUGUUUAAUGCCUACAAUGUUAGAUAUUUUAUUAUAGUUUACUAAAACCUAUAUUAGGUGCUACUGUAAUGGAAAGCUCUUCGUUUUUCCUGACACACGCUUAAUAAGGGAGACUAACUACACCACUUUAGCCACAACAGGUUUAGUUUGUCACCACUGUCAUGGCAGUGUGAGAACACUUGUCCUACAAUGUCUCCAACCUAACGUUUCCUGUAUGGUGGAAAUUAGGUUUGGAGUUACUGGUGCAAACGGCUGGAAUAUUCAAUAUCCUGUUCACCUCAGCAUGGUCCUUAUUUCAGUUGGAGACAACUGCUGUAUUAGACCAAAUGCUGCGUGACAUUUUUUACAGU